GAGUCAUCUACGAUCAGCCCUUAUCGUUGAAUACAUUCUCGUUACGUAGUGCAAUGGGUGCGUAUUAUUGCUGUACGUAAACCUAUAUAUAAAUUAUAUUAGAUAUAAUGUUUAUAUAUAUUACAAAGAAAGUGUGCAAAAAAAGUUAGUUUUCAACGAAAAAUUAUAAAAAUAGAAUAAUUCGACAAAUUGUAGAUAACGUACAUAACAUUAAAACAGUUUUCAUGGGAGAACAGUCUUCAUAAACAAGGCGCCAUGAUUUUCUUGCAACGCCAUAAUACUGUUAUACGAUAUUUCGUUCUUUCUAUGAUAAAUAUUUAUAAUUAAAACUACAUGUGAGAUAUGAACGGAAUCAAUUUUGUUUCAUAUAUUUCUAUGUAUCAUAAUAAUUUUUAGCUGUUUAAUUUUGGUGAGUACAUGAAGAAGAUCAUGAGUAUUUAUUAAAAUUCUGAAAAUUUUUGGUACUAUUGCUUAUUGUAAAUACCCUGAUUCUACCACGAAAAGGAGUGAAAAAGAUAGAGAUUGGAAGAAAAGUUAUAGUGAAAGAGAAAAGAAAAAAAAAAUAUUAUGUAUAUUGUGAGUGACUUUUAUAUUACAAAAAAAUUUGCUUAAAUAUUUAUCGAAUUCAUAAAAUUGCUGUCAUUAAGAAACUAUAAGGUCAAGGUGAAAAUCGAUAAAUUCAUAGAUAUUUUUAUUUGAUUGUCAUGGCGAGAGAUUGGCGUCAAGAAUGUGGUAACAAGAGUGGGAGACUGUAGUAAAAACAAUGCUGGAUCGCUAAGCAAGUUCUACGUUACUAAAAAACAGAAAUUAAAAAAAAUUUAUAGAUAUAGUUUAUAUAUUACAGUAUUUUUAACAUGGAUGAUGAAGAAGGAUCAUCAAGUUCUGGACCUAUGUCUUCAUUGAAUAGUUUAUUUUCAUUUACUAGUCCUGCUGUAAAAAAAUUGCUUGGUUGGAAACAGGGUGAUGAAGAAGAAAAAUGGGCAGAAAAAGCAGUUGAUUCAUUAGUAAAAAAAUUAAAAAAACGAAAAGGUGCAAUUGAAGAAUUAGAACGGGCAUUAAGUUGUCCAGGCACUCCUAGUAAAUGUGUAACAAUUCCAAGAAGUUUAGAUGGUAGAUUACAAGUUUCUCAUCGUAAGGGUUUACCACAUGUAAUUUAUUGUAGAGUGUGGAGAUGGCCAGAUUUGCAAUCACAUCAUGAAUUAAAACCAUUAGAAUUAUGUCAAUAUCCCUUUUCUGCUAAACAAAAAGAAGUUUGUAUCAAUCCUUAUCAUUAUAAAAGAGUAGAAAGUCCAGUACUACCACCUGUAUUAGUUCCUAGGCAUUCAGAAUAUGCACCUGGACAUUCAUUGUUACCAUUUCAACAAAUAGCAGAACCAACAAUGCCACACAAUGUAUCCUAUUCUUCUAGUGGAUUUAAUGCUGGAUCUACUGGUGGUGUAAAUCCAACAUCACCUAUGUCAUCUGUUGGAUCUGUUCCAAGUCCAGGAAGUACAACAUCACCAAAUCCACAAAGUCCAUAUGGUACUAAUGGAUUACCAGAAACUCCUCCUCCAGCAUAUUCUCCUCCUGAAGAUGGUUCACAAUCUGGUCAGUCACCACCACCUGAUCCUGUAGCUAUGGAUACAAGUGGAUCAGCUGAAGUAGCUCCAGUAUGUUACCAAGAACCACCUUACUGGGCCUCUAUUGCAUAUUAUGAAUUAAAUUGUAGAGUGGGUGAAGUUUUUCAUUGCCAUUCCCACUCUGUUAUUGUGGAUGGCUUUACAAAUCCAAGUAAUAAUUCUGAUAGGUUUUGCCUUGGACAGUUGUCCAAUGUAAAUCGUAAUUCUACUAUUGAAAAUACAAGAAGACAUAUAGGCAAAGGAGUACAUUUAUAUUAUGUAGGUGGUGAAGUUUAUGCAGAAUGUCUUUCUGAUUCUGCUAUAUUUGUACAAUCUAGAAAUUGUAAUCAUCACCAUGGAUUUCAUCCUAGUACAGUUUGUAAGAUUCCACCAGGAUGUUCAUUGAAAAUAUUUAAUAAUCAAGAGUUUGCCCAAUUACUUUCACAAAGUGUUAAUCAUGGUUUUGAAGCAGUUUAUGAAUUAACAAAAAUGUGCACUAUAAGAAUGUCAUUUGUUAAAGGAUGGGGUGCUGAAUAUCAUAGACAAGAUGUUACAUCCACUCCUUGUUGGAUUGAAGCACAUUUACAUGGACCUUUACAGUGGCUAGAUAAAGUGUUAACACAAAUGGGUUCUCCUCAUAAUGCUAUAAGUUCUGUAUCAUAAUUUGUGCUUUAUGUUUAAUAGCAAGGAGAGAAAAUAGUGAAAUGUAGGAAAAACUUAAUGAUUUAAGAACACUUUUUAAUAUUAUAUAAGGCCAUAAUAAAUUAGAUAUCAUAAGAAAUUUAUGAAAAUAUAAUGAGAAUGAUAAAUGAGAAAUUACUAUCUUAUGAGACUUCUCAUGUGAGAAAAAUAAAGUUAAUAAUAUGAUUAUAAAAAUAAAGGAUUGCAAACGUUCAUAAUUAUUAAAAGUAAUCCUUAAUAAUGAAAUUUCGAAAAUUAAAAUGUACAAGCUGUACAAUUUUUUGGCUGUUAAAUAGGAAAAGAAUUAUAGCAAAAAUAUAUGUUAUAUAUAAUAUGAA